CCCCAGUUUCAGUCGGCUUGUGUUUCCUUUCCUUCUAUUUAUUCUUGGGGUUUGAUUUUGAUUUCUUUCUUGCUUUCUGUUCUUACUACCUUCUUUGAUGAGCUUUGCUCCAUCCGGACUGUCCUAAUACCUAAUCCUGUUUCCUAUUUCAAUUGUUUGCUUGCGUUCAAUCUACGGAGAAGGGAAAAAUGAAAGACACCAAAAAAACGGGGGGGGAAAAAAGAAAAUUCAAAACAAAAAAAAGAAUGUCUGUAUUACUAUGUUUUAAGAUUGUCGCAGGGGCAGGCUGGUUAUAUUCCAAGAUUGUCAAAGGGAGGAAAGGGUUAUAUCACUAUAUACUGAUAGUGUCGCAAGGACAGACUGAUUGUAUUAGUAUGAUUACUCUUGUUUGGGUGGUGUUAUUGGAGUUUUAGGGAGAAUGAAAUUUGUUAUUGAUUGAUGUUCUU